GUCUCCUCUCUCCCUCUCCCUCUCCCAGUAUGUCUCUGUUGUAGGACUGGCUAUGGCCACCACGACUUCCGGGUUCCGUCAUUUCAUUCUCCCGCCGAUCAGCGCUGCAAAACUGAGUCUCUUCUAUAAGCCAGGCAGCAGCCAACCUGCCAACACUUACUGACACUCACUCAUCUCACAGAGAGAAAGAGAGCGAGAGAGAGAGAGAGAGAGAGAGAGGUGAGUGAGCGAGCGAGGAGAGCGAUCGAGAGAAGAGAGAGAGAGAGAGAGAGAGAGAGAGAGAGAGAGAGAGAGAGAGAGAGAGAGAGAAGAGAGAAUAUCUACCAGGAAAGAGAGGGGGAGGAAGUCCAGUUUUUGCAACUAUUAAUUUUUUUCUUUUUUCUUUUUUCUUUUUUUUGACUGCUUUACUUGCACAGUACUCUAAAGAGAGAGAGAGAGAGGAUCAUAACAUAGGCAUCUGGGGGGAAAGGGAUUUUUUUUUUUUAUCACCAAAAAAGAGAAGCAGAAAUCCCUCGAGGAGUUUUACUGGAAGAAAAAAAAAACGGGGUCUGAAAGAUUCCUCCUCUCCUCUUCAUCAUCAUCACCAUCAUUCAUUCACUACCUUGACAUUCCCUGGCUUUGAGUUGACAGCUGGAGUGGCAAAAAGCCAUGAGACACGACAGUUUGGUUACAUGUGGGCUGCUGACGGGCCGAUCGUAACCUUCAGUUCGGGGGCUUGACAAAGUUUUUUCGUCUUUUUUUUCUUCUUCCUUUUUUUCUUUUUUUUUCUUUUGGUUUUGUUGUUGUUGCCAACAGAAGGAAAGAGGGGAGAAAAGGGGGAAAAGAAGAGAGGAGGAGGAGGGGGAGGAGGAGGAGGAGGUGGUGGUGGUGGUGGUGGUGGUGGUGGUGGUGGAGGAGGAGGAGGAGGAGGAGGAGGAAGGAGGAGGAGGAGGGAGGAGGAGGAGGAGGAGGAAGAGCAGGAGGAGGAAGAAGAAGAGAAAAAAAGAAAAAAGAAGAAAUAUCACAGGAAAAACUCUUCGUUGUUUUGCCUGGGCUUAUUUUUUUUUUAAUUGGAGAAUCAGAAUUCUCCUUGUUUGGGGGAAAAAAACCAAGAAAUCUUCAACCUAAAUCACUUUCUUAACCGGACUGGGAUAUUAAAUAUACGACACAUCCAGGAGUUUAUUGGAGCGCAGACUGAUGGCGCAAAGGUACGAUGAGCUUCCCCAUUACGGCGGAAUGGACGGAGUAGGGGUGCCGGCUUCCAUGUGAGACCCUCACGCUCCACGGCCGAUUCCCCCGGUUCACCACCUGAACCACGGGCCGCCGCUCCACGCCACUCAGCACUACGGAGCCCACGCCCCGCACCCCAAUGUCAUGCCCGCCAGCAUGGGAUCUGCUGUCAAUGAUGCCCUGAAACGGGACAAGGACGCAAUCUAUGGGCACCCGUUGUUUCCUCUGUUAGCUCUGGUCUUUGAGAAGUGCGAGCUGGCAACCUGUACUCCCCGGGAACCCGGAGUGGCCGGCGGAGACGUCUGCUCCUCCGACUCUUUCAACGAGGACAUCGCAGUCUUCGCAAAACAGGUUCGAGCAGAAAAACCACUUUUUUCCUCAAAUCCAGAGUUGGACAAUUUGAUGAUACAAGCAAUUCAAGUACUAAGGUUUCAUCUUUUGGAGUUAGAAAAGGUCCAUGAGCUGUGCGAUAACUUUUGCCACCGGUACAUUAGCUGUUUGAAAGGGAAAAUGCCCAUUGACUUAGUUAUUGAUGAGAGGGAUGGCAGCUCCAAAUCUGACCAUGAAGAGCUCUCAGGAUCUUCCACAAAUCUAGCUGACCAUAAUCCUUCAUCUUGGAGAGACCAUGAUGAUGCAACCUCAACACACUCAGCAGGCACCCCAGGUCCCUCCAGUGGGGGCCAUGCUUCCCAAAGUGGAGACAACAGCAGUGAGCAAGGGGAUGGUUUAGACAACAGUGUAGCUUCACCUGGUACAGGUGAUGAUGAUGACCCAGACAAGGACAAAAAACGUCAGAAGAAAAGGGGCAUCUUCCCUAAAGUAGCAACAAAUAUCAUGAGAGCAUGGCUCUUCCAGCAUCUCACACAUCCAUAUCCUUCAGAGGAGCAGAAGAAACAGUUAGCCCAAGACACAGGACUUACAAUUCUACAAGUAAACAACUGGUUUAUUAAUGCCAGAAGAAGAAUAGUACAGCCUAUGAUUGACCAGUCAAAUCGAGCAGUGAGCCAAGGAGCAGCAUAUAGUCCAGAGGGUCAACCAAUGGGAAGCUUUGUGUUGGACGGUCAACAACACAUGGGAAUCCGGCCUGCAGGUUUGCAAAGCAUGCCAGGGGACUACGUUUCUCAGGGUGGUCCUAUGGGUAUGAGUAUGGCACAGCCAAGUUACAAUCCUUCCCAGAUGACCCCACACCCUACUCAAUUAAGACAUGGACCCCCAAUGCAUUCAUAUUUGCCAAGCCACCCCCAUCACCCAGCCAUGAUGAUGCACGGAGGACCCCCUACCCACCCUGGAAUGACCAUGUCAGCACAGAGCCCCACAAUGUUAAAUUCUGUAGAUCCCAAUGUUGGUGGACAGGUUAUGGACAUUCAUGCCCAAUAGUAUAAGGGAACUCAAGGGAAAACAAACAAAACACAGAAACUAUUUUAAGACUUUUGAACUUUGACCAGAUGUUGACACUUAAUAUGAAAUUCCAGACAGCUGUGAUUAUUUUUUACUUUUGUCAUUUUUCAUCAAGCAACAGAGGACCAAUGCAACAAGAACACAAAAAUGUGAAAUCAUGGGCUCACUGAAACAUUUCUGUCCAUGUAAAGAUCCUCUGGAAAAAGACUCCGAGAGUUAUAACUACUGUAGUAUAAACAUAGGAACUAAGUUAAACUUGUAUAUUUCUGUUGAUCACUCCGUUAUGUUGCCUCAAAUAGUUUUAGAAGAAAAAAAAUAUAUCCUUGUUUUCCACACUAUGUGUGUUGUUCCCAAAAGAAUGACUGUCUUGGUUCAUCUGUGAAUUCACUAUCCAGGAAAUAUUAUGGCAUAUAUUAAACCUUUUGGGCCAUUCAGGAAAGAGCUACCCUGGAGAUGAACGAUGAAAGUUUUGCUGGACUUCAACUACUCAGUAUCCAGCUUCAAGAAUGUGUUUCCAUGCCCAGCUUUUGUUCCUUCAUAAAUGUGUCCUUUAGUUUCAAACAGAUCUUUAUAGUUUGUGCUUCAUAAGCCAAUCCUUAUUAUUUUUUUUGGACUCUUCUUCAAAGAGCUUGCCGGUGAAGAUUUAAAGACAAAGCAGGAGCUUCUUCCAGUAGUUCUGAGCCUUGGCUUUGGACAAAACAAACUUAAGUUGGGCAGCUUUCCUCAACAACAAAAAAAGUUAUUAAUGGUAUUUGUACCAAACCUAGAACUUUAUCAUAAACUCAAAGCUUGGGGAAAAAAAGAGCAAGAGAAUACUGUAACAAACUUCGUACAGAGUUCGGUCUAUUAAUUGUUUCAUGUUAGAUAUUCUAUGUGUUUACCUCAAUUGAAAAAAAAAGAAUGUUUUUGCUAGUAUCAGAUCUGCUGUGGAAUUGGUAUUGUAUGUCCAUGAAUUCUUUUUCUCAGCACGUGUUCCUCACUAGAAGAAAAUGCUGUUACCUUUAAGCUUUGUCAAAUUUACAUUAAAAUACUUGUAUGAGGACUGUGACGUUAUGUUUAAAAAAAAGGUGUUAAGUCACAAAAUGCGGUAAUAAAUAUUUCAUUUUUGAUUUUU